GCCUAUAAUGCGCAUUUAGUGUUAUAGCGUGUGCAAUUUAGAAGACAUUUCUCACAUCAAUCGACUCGUAGCUUCCUUUAUUAAAACACACCGCGAGAAAAUUGUGUUUGACACUCUAAAAACUAAGAAAAAUCCCAUAUAAUCAAGAAAAAAAUCAAGUGUCAAAAUCCCUCUCUCCACAAUUUAUUUUCUCAAUAGAAAUAUAACAGUGAAUACUUUAUAAAAGUCAAGAAAAGAAAAAGCAAUCAAGAAAAAUGUUUGAGGCACGUUUAGUUCAAAGUUCUGUUUUAAAGAAAGUUAUUGAAGCCGUCAAGGAGCUUCUGUCCGAAGCAACAUUCGAAUGUUCAGAUUCGGGAAUGCAAGUACAAGCGAUGGACAAUGCCCACGUUUGUCUUGUAUCAUUAAAUAUGAGAAGUGAUGGUUUUGACAAAUAUCGAUGCGAUAGGAAUUUAUCAAUGGGAAUGAGUAUCACUUGCAUGUCAAAAAUUUUAAAGUGUGCUGGUACAGAUGACACUGUGACCUUGAGGGCAUGGGACAAUCCAGAGUCAAUAAACGUUAUUUUCGAAUCGCCGAAUAAAGAGAAAUUGGCCGAAUAUGAAAUGAAACUUAUAAAUAUGGAUCAGGAACACCUUGGAAUUCCCGAGACUUUAUAUUCGUGUACAGUAAAAUUACCAUCCGCUGAAUUCGCAAGAAUCGUGAGAGAUUUACAAAUGUUUGGUGAAUCGAUAACAAUUGCCUGCUCUAAGGAGGGAAUCAAAUUUAGCGCUGCUGGCGACAUUGGAACAGCAAACGUGAAAUUGGCACAGACCGCCGAAUCUGACAAGGAGGAAGAAGCAGUCACGAUAGAAAUGCAGGAACCAGUGAAACAAGCAUUCUCAGCAAGGUAUCUCAAUAAUUUCGUGAAAGCAACGCCCCUCUGUGCACAGGUUCAACUCUCGUUGUCAAACGACGUGCCCCUUGUCUGUGAAUACAAAAUCGGCGACAUUGGCCACAUUCGGUAUUACCUAGCACCAAAGAUCGAAGACGAAGAGGAAAGUUAAAGAAAAGCCUGACUUUAGAAUUAUAUCUUUUAAGCCCAAUGUUCUCAAUAUUUUAAUUCUUACAAAGAAAAAACGCGAAAUUAAUAUUAUUCACUUGACAGUAUUUGUUUUUUUUCUUUUAAAAUAUUCAUUCAUUUCGUCUUUGAUGAAUAAGUUGUAAAAAGAAAUACGAUUCCCAUUGUCUCGUCAUUUUGAAACUGUAAAAAGAUAAUUUUUAUAAUAACAUUUUUCUAUUAAAAAAAAAGAAAAAAACCUAAAAA